AUUGUGCAUGCGUCAUACGAUGUGCGUUAUGAUGAGCGAACUGGUGUAGAAUUACUCGUGGGAGAAAAAAAUAGCUUUCAGUGGACAAGUGCGCUGCGUAAAUAUGGCAUUCAAAACGUUUCAUUGUAGUCGGCUCGUAGUGUGCGUGUUUUUAUUAUUAUGCGCUGUACUGGACGAAGCUUUUGGGCGGUCUUCUUCCCAACUGUCCGAUUUAAAGUCUAAAAUAUCAGGAGUGGAGGAGAUGCUGGAAGAAUAUCGCAAACAGCUGCAACAGGACCAAGCAUAUUGGAGAGAGGAUGACGCAGCAGCAGCAGUGGGGGAUGUGUGCCUGGAUGAUUAUACCGAGAUGGAGGAACACAUCAUCAGGGCCAAGGACUCUAUCGAGCACGGUGCCACUUACCUCUCGGCUCCGACCCGGGUGUACAGCUGGAAAGACUGUCUCCACGCCUGCUGCAUGGAACCUCACUGUACCGUGGCGGUGAUGCAGGAGGAUCUGAAGAAGACGGACGAUAGCUUGGCGUGUUAUCUGUUCAACUGCACUUACAGGAAUAGAAAUGUGUGCUCCUUCUCCGUGCAGCCUGGUUUCAGCACAUACAGUCGGAUUGUCAACAUGACAACAAUACACACGGGGCAUCGCCAAGCAGCAGCUCACCUCAGCAGCGUCGCCAUGAGCAGACAGGGCAGCUUACGGAGAAGGCCCAUGCUGGAGGAACGCCCGGAGGAGGACGUGGAUGAACAAGAUGAGGAUGAGCCGCCCCGUACGGAUGCUGGGCAGGAUGUGGUGGUGCAGCUCCCUACUGACUGGGCCGUGCUGGACGGCAGGGACAGCGUGGACGACCGCGGCAUCGCCAGCUACGACUGGGCACUGGUGAAGGGCAACCCCACUCUCACCAUGAAGGUGACCCAUCCAGGGCUGCUGAAGGCCACGGACCUGCAGGUGGGCGUGUACGUCUUCAUGCUGACCGUGACGGACACCGAGGGUCAAAGGUCGUCUGACAACGUCUCUGUCACCGUGCUGGCCCCUGAACACCAUGCGGAAGCCUGCGUCGGCUCCUGCUCCCACUACCAGUUCAUGUGUGACGACGGCUGCUGCAUCGACAUCAGCUACGCCUGCGACGGCAAGCAGCAGUGCCCAGACCGCUCGGAUGAAGACUUCUGUCACAACUUCGAUGGAGGCAGAAAGACUGUGAAUCACCCUGUGACUCCCCAGCGAUUGGCUGAGCCUGCAGAUCAGUCUAUGACAGCAGCCAAUAGGAACAAGGCAGCCAUGGAGGAGGCCAGGCCACCAGCCAAUCAGGCACCUGCGAGAGCCAAGCCGCCUCCCCAGAACGCACCUGAAGAGCCCAGCAAACAGGCUGUACUGAUACCAGAGCAAUGUUCGCUGCCCCCGGUGGUGGGUCCGUGUAAGGGCACGUUCCCUCGCUGGUACUAUGACCCCAUGGCAGGGGAGUGUAAACACUUCCUCUACGGCGGCUGCAAAGGCAAUCACAACAACUUCCUGCAGGAGGCAGACUGCGUCAACGAAUGUAUACAGACACCCGUUCCAGAUAAGCCACACACCACGACAGCUCCUGGCCCCAAACCACAUACAGAGAUGGUGUUCUCCAAAGUGGCCGUGUCCGAGCUGAAACCAGACAGUCUUCCUGUCUCCAGGUCUCACCGAGUUUUGGGAGGACACCCGCCCCCUGAGUCAGGUGCCAUCCUGCCGCUGCUGCUGGGCGUGCUGAUCAGCGUGCUGCUGCUGCUGAUGGUGGGCUGCCGGCUGCGUCUGGUUGGCCACAAGAUCAAGAAGACCCGCCCCCUCACCACCGAGGAGUCCGACUACCUCAUCAACGGAAUGUAUCUGUAGCCAACCA